AUGGCCUCCUACUCUGGGGAGCCAGGGCUCCUGUCCUGUGGGUCCUGUGACAUGGUUUUCCGCUCCUGGGAGCUGUUGGCCACCCACACUCAGCGCUUCUGCAUUGGCCGUCUGACCCGAGAGGUAACACCUGGAGCCCACUUCUCAAAAGGGCCGCCUCUGUGGCCACAUGGGUGGGUGGUGCCACAAGAACACCAGGGCCUCCCAGACCAGGAGGCCAGCCAAUUGGCUACUAAGAAGCUAACAGAAGAGGUGCAGCGGCUGCGGCUGUACCUACAGGAAAUGCGACCCUGGAUAAUAGAGGUCUCCAGGGGAUUAGAAGGGCCCCGGAGCCAAACUGAGGUGCAGACUCAGGGCCCCACCCCCGAAGCUGCUGGAAGCCCUGGCGAGCGGCUUCGGGCGCUGCAGGGGACUCACGCAAAGCGGGUGGCGGAGACGGAGUCACAGAGCCGGGCCCUGGAGCGACGCAGCGAGGAAUUGAGCAAACGCCUCCAAGGUUUGGCCCAGACCCGGGGCGGAAUAUCACGCCUUUUCGGUCUGGAGCGGGAGCUUCGAGAACUCCGGGCAGAAGCCGGGCGAACGCGGGGAGCUCUAGAAGCGCUAGGUGCGCACGUUCAGCAGCUACAACCGGAGCCCGGGACCCGGCUCAGUGCCUUGCGAGAGGCAGAACUCUGUUGUCCGGUGCUACAGGCCAACCCAGGGACUCUGGCUGCCGAGAUCGGGGCCCUGCGUGAGGCCUACGUUCGAGGCGGGGGCCGGAACCCCGGCGUUCUGGGCCAGAUAUGUCAGUUGCAGGUGGAGGCAUCAGCGCUGGAGCUGCGGCGGCUGCGGACCCGCAGAGGAAGACGGGCAGGUGCCGCACUGGGGGAGCUUCUAGUGGUGGAAGCCGAAAACCGGCGCCUGGAGGCAGAAAUCCUGGCCUUGCAGAUGCAGAGGGGCGCAGGCCCUGCGUCCUGGGGGCCUAGCGAGCCUCGACCCGUGGUGAAUCCCCCCCGACGCCUGGGGAGGAGGGAAGAUCCCCCGCGCCUCCCGCCGCCGGUGGCUCCCCCGCUGCCGCCGAGUCCACUCUUCCCCCACCCACAGCUGCAGGUUCCUGGCACCCUGACCAGGAACCCUGGCCUGGAUCCAUACUUCCUCCUGCCGGCUCCUAACGUUCUGGGCCCUGCACCCUAUGACCCUGGGGCUGGGCUGGUCAUUUUCUAUGACUUCCUUCGGGGCCUUGAGGCUUCUUGGAUUUGGGUGCAACUCACGACUGGCCUGACACGAGAUGGACAGGACACAGGAGGGGCCACAGCAUUGCCCCCAGCCCUUUGCUUGCCCCCACCUCCAGCUCCUGGGCCCAUGGGCAACUGUGCCAUCCUUGCCAGCAGGCAGCCCGUACCCAGGCUGUCACCUUCACCAUCAGCAGCCCUGGUCUGUGAGCUACAGGCCUGGCAGGGGCUGGCAUGGGCUAGGGAACCACAGCCGAAGGCUUGGGCCUCACUGGUGCUAUUUGACCGGGAUCAAAGGGUGCGAAGUGGCAGUUGGCGUCUUCCACUUCGGGCCCUUCCUCUGGACCCCAGCCUUACCCCUGGACAGCUGAAUGGGAUUCCCCAGGUAGGUGAGGUUGAGCUCUUUCUGCGACUGGUUAAUGCAAGAGAUGAAGGUGUCCAGACACUGGCCGAGAUCAACCCAGCAAGUGCCCAGGAGUACCAGUACCCACCUCCGAUACCCAGCUCACCUGCACUGAAAGCAAGCUCCCUUGCCCCAAAAGCUGGCUUUGUUGACCCUCCUCCUCCUGCAGAAGAGCCCUCAGCAGCAGAGUCAAGGAUAGAUGGUUUGGGCCCUCAUCACAGCUUUGACCCACUCCCUCUGGCUUUCUGAGUCUAGGAGAAUGUGGUCAUGAGUAGCUUAAUAGGCUCAGAACUAGGACUUAGAUGAGGCUUGUUGCCAGACC